UAUAGAUAUAUAGUCUAUGUGUAGAGUCAUUGGCUUUAAUAUAAAGAGAAUAAAAAUCGAAUCAAAUAUUUUGGACUCAAAUUGUUUGGACUUUUGUGGCAAACAUUUGAUUGUAUUUAGUAUUUGAAUAUUAAUUGCAUUCAAUUGAUUGAUAUUGUGAUGAAAAUGUAUAUCAAAUGCUUAUCACUAACACUAUUGACACUCAAUGUGUUAACCGUUGCGGUCAUUGCAGACACUAAAGGAUCAGUUGGUUUGGAUUCAUUCACUUUUCUAAAGAUUGUGCCAAAGUUUAAGGCAUCGCUCGUCCGCUUUGAUACCGCCUAUCCUUUCGGUGAGAAACAAGAAGAGUGGGCUAAAGUAGCGGCAGAUCUAAGAGCCACACCUAACCUAUUGAUUGCUGACAUACCUGUUCGCGAUUACGGAGAGAAAGAGAAUCAAGACUUGGCAGACAAAUAUGGCAUCAAAAAGGAUGACUUCCCAGUCGUUAARCUCUUCCUCAAUGGAGAUGUAGAAAAUGGUMUCACAUUUGAUGCCAAAGAAUUUAAGUCCGAUGGACUCAAAGCUUUUGUGAGGUCAAAGGCGGGCAUUAAAAUUGUGUUGGAGUCGUGUCUCGAGGAGUUUGACGACUUGGCCAACAAGUUUACCGCCGAUAAAGUGACUAAAGACCAACAAAAGAAACUCUUCGAGACGACUAAGAGUAAAGCUAACAAACUAACAGAAGAAACCGACAAGAAGUCAGCAAACAUUUACGUGAAGAUUAUGGAGAAAGCCAUCGAAAGGGGACACGUAUUCUUCGAGAGUGAGAAACAACGCGUUCAGAAUCUAUUGUCCGGUAAACUAUCGGACACCAAGAAGAAGGAACUCCAGGGAAGGCUUAAUAUCAUUGAGAGCUUUAUCGCAACCAAUCCUACAAAGGAUGAGCUUUGAGACAAACAUUUUGCAAAAUAAUAGCAUUUGUAUUAUUAAGCCAUAAGUUUUUUACAUUCAAGUCUUUUCUAGUAAUUUGUGAUAAAAAGUUUAUUAAAUAAUAUAAAUAAAUACAAAUAUAUAUAUAUUUAUUUAAAAUUGAAUUACCGUAACGUAAAUGCAAUUUUUAUUCUCUUGUCAGCCAUUUAUCAGAAUA